AUGCCCUUCAUCCUCGAAUCUGAGAUCAGCGGCCUUCGCGCUCUCAAAAAGCAUGUCGAGACCUCGCACAGGCCGUUCGACAAAUAUGUGCCCUACAAGCCCGGGCGCAAGGCUCACUCAGGAGAGAUUGUGGUUGAGCGGGAGCGCUGGGAGGAGCUCAUGCUGGAGAAGAAGGGGGCGGAGGAGAGGUUGGAGGAGCUUGAGCAGUUGAUCGAAGAUGCGGAACGUGGUUUAAGAGAGUUGCAGAUCAUAGAGAGUGAAGAGAUGCAGGCGAGUUUUUGGUAG